UACAAGCAGCCCAUUAUGGACGACCAGGAUGAAGUCGAUGACAGAGACGAUGUGGAAGAAGGCCCCUCAAAGGACGAAUGGAAUGCAGUCAGAAAGCAAUUGAAGGAUGACGUGCUGUCAGGUGUUAUUCCACACGUGCUAAAAGAAAUGCGCCCAGCCGCUGUCUAUCAGAUGUAUGCGGACGCAGCAAAUCCCAUUAUUGCGUGUGUAGACUAUACCAACAAACGACAAAAUGCGAAGUUCACUCUAAUGCUUCGAACUCUUCGCAACAAGCAUGCAGAUGGUGAUCUUGUAAAUGAAGACAAAGCCGAGCCAAUCGUAUGGCGCAAGUCAGCAGCCAAACAGUUCCUCAAAAGGGCAUUCCGGGAAGGCCUCAUUCCAGACAAUAUUUCCACAAACGAAGAUAUGGAGGAAAUUUGGAAUGACCUUUGCUGCGUUUGCGAGAUUGGAGUUUGAUGCUGCUUUCAUUCGUAGACUCGAAGGGGUGAGAGAUGACUAUCAAAAAAAAAUGGUGAGGCGUGACAAUGAUCUAGCCGCCUACUUCACAGCAAAACAGAACCAUCCAACACCAGAAUUCAACAGUCGUGGGGAGCCACAGUGGAAUGGGUCUCAAGCCCAGAAAGACUUGAAAGUGCUUGUUGCUGGUGGAGACCACAAGGGGAAAAAACCAAAAGAGCUCUGGGAGAAUUCUCAGGCAUAUCAGGUGUACCCCCUUGCUAUUUUCAGAGACCACAUCUACC